CGGAUUAGGAAAUAGGGGGUCAGUCAGUGAACAGAAAUACGCUGAAACACUAGAAAUCAUAUCGACGACUGUUGUGUUACUGAAUUUAACCAACAUUGCAGUUGCCUUGGAAACUUGGAAAUCGUCUUGUAAUAUUUUCAUGGUCCGCGACAGACACGUCAUUAGUCUCUGAGAAGUGUUAUUUGUUUAACGUUAGCUGUGCUAGCUGUGUAAACAGGCUGUUAUUGAGUUAGUUAACGUUACACUAUUGAGCUGCUAGCUGAAAAUGCUUUGAAAAACGUGUUCAUGUCCAGUUUAUACGAAUGGGUUGUUUUAUUAUAAUCCAUUUUUUCUCUUGGGAGAAGUUUUUGAUUGAUUGGCUCGCUGGUCAAGUUCUAUAGCUAGUCGAUUAUGCAGUUAACUGACAGAUUUAUAUAGCGAAAUGGCUAGCUAGGACAACAGAUAGUUAGUGUGUAGAUUUAACUAAGUCAGGUUUUUAGUCGUCCACACACUCACUCACACGUUUUGCACACUCUGGCAACAUGAAUCCCACUACGAAGUCUUGUCUCCUUAUUUUGGCUUUAGCGGUGACUUUGGAAGUGACAGCUGGUGAAGUACUUCCAGAUGAUGAAGUUGCAGGUGGUGAGUCUAAGAGCAAAGAUGGUAAUGAGGGCUCCAAAUUUGUGGUGGGGAAUGCGUAUGUCCCUAAACAGACCCAGGCUGACAGCAGUACAACAGACAAUGAAGAGGAGAGUGAGGUUGAGGGGAUUGAACAGGAAGACCUUCCAAGUCAACCUCCGCCACAAGAAGAGCGUCAUAAAAAAGUUCCAGUGGUGAUUGGUGGAACAGCCUCUGGAGAGCCCUGCGUGUUUCCAUUUCUUUUCCAAGAUAAAGAGUUUUCGGAGUGUACUACUGAAGGCAGAGUAGAUGGGAGGCUGUGGUGUGCCACAACGUACGACUACAGCACUGAUAAGAAAUGGGGCUUCUGUGAAACGGAGGAACAGGCAGAGCAGAGGAGGUUGAUGGAAGAGGCUGAAGAACAGUACCAAGACACAAUUAAGAUGCUUAACAGCACCAACCGAAGGAGCCAGAAGAAAGAGUUGUAUGACAGACUCCUGAAAGUUGCAGAGAUGGGUCAUACCAAGGCCAUGGAGAAGGUGGCAUAUGCCAUGCUGUUUGGAGACCACUUACCCCAGAGCAUUCCUCAGGCAAAGGAGAUCUUCGAGAAACUGGCACUGGAGGGCUCCCCUAAAGCCCAGACUGCACUUGGCUUCCUAUAUGCUGCGGGAUUAGGAGUGAACUCAAGUCAAGCAAAGGCAUUGGUGUACUACACCUUUGGAGCUUUGGGUGGAAACUUAGUAGCACAGAUGAUUCUGGGCUACAGAUAUUGGGGAGGUGUUGGGGUUCCUCAGAGCUGUGAAUCUGCUCUCACUCAUUACAGACUAGUGGCCAAUUACGUGGCCAGCGAUGUAUCCCUGACAGGGGGCAGUGCAGUACAGCGGAUCCGGCUCUUAGAUGAAGUGGAAAAUCCUGGUUCUAGCAGUGGAAUGCUGGAGGAGGAUUUAAUCCAGUACUACCAGUUCUUGGCUGAGAAAGGAGAUGUGCAGGCACAGGUGGGUCUGGGACAGUUACAUUUACAUGGAGGACGAGGUGUGGAACAGAAUCAUCAGCGAGCGUAUGAGUACUUCAACCAAGCAGCAAAUGCAGGGAACACACAUGCAAUGGCGUUCCUUGGAAAGAUGUACUCUGAAGGAAGUGAGUAUGUGCCUCAGAACAAUGACACGGCUCUGCAUUAUUUCAAAAAGGCUGCUGACUUGGGAAAUCCGGUUGGCCAGAGUGGCCUUGGUAUGGCUUACCUGUAUGGAAGGGGUGUUCCUGUGAACUAUGACCUGGCACUGAAGUAUUUUCAGAAGGCUGCAGAGCAAGGAUGGGUGGAUGGACAGUUACAGCUGGGAACCAUGUACUACAAUGGAAUCGGGGUGAAACGUGAUUAUAAACAGGCUCUUAAAUUCUUUAACCUGGCUUCUCAAGCGGGUCACAUCCUAGCCUUCUAUAAUCUAGCCCAGAUGCAUGCCACAGGGACUGGGGUCAUGCGCUCCUGCCACACUGCAGUUGAGCUCUUCAAGAAUGUGUGUGAGCGCGGCCGAUGGUCUGAGAGACUCAUGGCAGCAUACGGAAGCUUUAAGGAGGGCGACAUUGACUCGGCUCUAGUACAGUAUCUCCUGCUGGCUGAACAGGGCUAUGAGGUCGCCCAGAGCAAUGUGGCCUUCAUCCUCGAUCAAAAGGGGUCACAAAUUUUCAAUGAGAAUGAAACGUAUCCACGGGCUUUGCUCCACUGGACCAGAGCAGCUGCUCAAGGCUACACAGUGGCCAGAAUCAAGCUGGGUGACUAUCAUUUCUACGGUUAUGGCACUGAUGUGGACUAUGAGACUGCAGUCAUACAUUAUCGCCUGGCAUCUGAGCAACAGCACAGUGCACAGGCCAUGUUCAACCUGGGCUACAUGCAUGAGAAGGGCCUUGGUAUUAAACAGGACAUUCAUCUGGCUAAACGUUUCUAUGAUAUGGCUGCAGAAGCCAGUCCUGAUGCCCAGGUUCCUGUGUUCCUGGCCCUCUGUAAGCUGGGCUUCGUUUAUGCACUACAGUACCUGCAGGAUCUCAAUCUGAAGGAGCUUCUAUCUCAGGUGGAUCUUGACCAGUUACUGGGUCCAGAGUGGGAUCUGUACCUCAUGACUGUCAUUGCUCUGCUCUUGGGCACAGUGAUCGCAUAUCGGCAGAGACAGCACCAAGCCAUACCCAGAGCCCCUCCAGUGCCCCCUAGACCUCCGGGCCAGCCUGAGCAGCCUGCAGGAGAGCCUGAGGAACAGUGAGAGAGCAGAGAUCAGGGUGGAGGUGACCGAACAGGACUAGGAUAUGGGAGAACAAAUUGAGGCCCAUUAGCAUCUCUUUCUCUCGGGACAUACGAUGACACCAAAACCCUGCUGUGGUCUUUAAUCCUAUAAACCCCAAAAGAGCUUCCAGGACUCUCAAUGCCAUGUCCAGCCCCUCUUUAGGCUUUUAACUGUGGCUUGGAGAAAAACUAGACAAACUUCUACAAUAUCUUAAAUGUGCACCUCAGGGUUUUGCCAGGUGAAAUAACAUUUGUGCAAAUCAAUGCUCACUAUGUGGGGGGAAAAGACAAUAAUGGUGAAUGAACUCCAUUAGUUUGUUUCUGCUUUUUGCUUGCCACUGUGCUAAAAGCCAAGGAUCUAAUCUACUUCGUGCAAAAGGACAAAAGUAGUUUUCACUAGCACUUUCACUGUCUUGAUGUCUAAAAUGUGCACAUUUACAGAUGAAUAAACUACACGGUAAGUAG